UUAUGUUUUUCGGAUUUGUCCGGUUUUAAGCACGCACACAAAUUGAAAUCACCUAAAAAAAUUGAAGUUUUUCGUCUCUGUGGAGCCCCCACUCGAUCGUCUGAACUCUUCGCAACGACGGAUUGAGAAUGGAAGAAGGGAAGAAGAGGUUGGCAACUCUUGUGGGAUGCAACUAUCCCGGCACUCCUAACGAACUACACGGGUGCAUAAACGACGUGCUAACGAUGCGAAGUGUGCUCGUAAAACGGUUUGGUUUCAACCCGAAUGAUAUCACCACCUUGACUGAUUCUGAGGACUCAAAGGUGAAACCUACUGGUGAAAACAUAAGAGAGGCUCUAAAUGAAAUGGUUAGCAAAGCUGAGGCAGGAGAUGUGCUAUUCUUUCACUAUAGUGGCCAUGGCACUCUGAUACCUGCCUCCAUGCUAGGACACAAGCAUGGAUAUUAUGAAGCCAUUGUGCCAACUGACUACAAUCUUAUGACAGACCUCGACUUUCGGUGGCUAGUCAACCAGCUACCCACCGGCACCAGCUUCACCUUCCUCUCCGACUCCUGCCACAGUGGUGGCCUCAUCGACAAAGAGAAAGAGCAAAUUGGUCCCCACCACCUCCCCCCUAGCCGAUCUGCUCCUGUUCGAGACUCUCAACAGAGGUUCAUGCCUAUACAAGCCAUCCUUAACCACUUGGCUGCAGCCUCCGGUCUGAACUCACAAGAAAUCACCUACCACCUCCAUCAACUCUUCGGAGACAAGGCCUUCUUCAGGUUCGAGUCCAAAGAGAGCUUUUCUGCCUUAAAACCUGCAAGUCCGGACGUCGGGAUAUUGCUCAGUGGGUGCCAAUCCAACGAGACUUCGGCCGAUGCAUUCCCGGAUGGGGAUAUCUCAAAGGCGUUCGGGGCCUUCUCAAUGACUGUGAAGAGGGUGCUCGCGUCGCACGCGGGGCCCAUUAGCAAUAGGGAACUGGUCAUCCAAACAAGGGGAUUGUUGAAUGAAGAGGCCUAUGCUCAACAUCCUUGCCUCUAUUGCAGUGACCAGAAUGCAGAUGCUCCUUUCCUUUGCCAACCCCUUACCUAAAAUUCAACAUGAAAAUUAUAUGGGGGUAGUGACCCCAAUGAAAUCACUUCCCAAAGUUCAAAAUAUAAGGAGCUAUUGAAGUAUGAACACUGUGGUUUAACAAAAUAUAUCAUCACUGUUUGUGUAUUUUAAACUUAGCCUCAUGGAUAUGUAUGAACACUGGGUUAUUUGUGGCAGAAUUUGUUUUGUGUCAAGCCACAUGUGUCAUGAGUUACAAUAUAUGCAUAUGGAUACAAGAACCA